CAAUGUCACAAUUCUGUACAAUGCCUGCUGGAGAGAGGAAGAAGUGUGCCACAGCUAUAUGCCGAGAGGUCCAGGGUACCAGCGGUUACGUUAUGGACCUUGGAAAGAAGCUCAGCACUCCUAAAGACAUCAUGUUGGAGGAAUUAUCUCUGCUUUCCAACAGAGGUUCUCGGCUUUUCAAAAUGCGCCAGAGAAGAUCUGACAAAUACACGUUUGAAAGUAUUCAAAACGAAGCAAAUGCGCUGCUCAGUAAUGAUAUUUUGAACAUGAAUACACACACUGUGGAAAUAAAAGUGGAGCCGCCAGCCAAUGGAAAUAUUGCUAAUGCUGAAAAAAAAGAUUCAGUAACGACUACUGAGAAGUUAAAUCCCACAGCUACACACAAGUCAUAUCACUCCCCAUGGGAGGAGGCCCUGCUCCGUGACCCUGACCUCGCUGAAUCUCUCAAACUAAAAAUGCCAGCAGCAGACCCACGGCCAGAGCUUCCUGAAUACAAAUGCUUCAACCGGGUUGCCACUCCAUUUGGUGGAUUUGAGAAAGUUACCAGAGGAAUCACAUUUAAACUGCCUGAAGUGGACCUGAACCCCCCCAGAUACCCAGAGCUCCAGGACGCGGGGUUGAAGCGACCCACCUUCAACAGGACAGCCCAAGGAUGGAUAUCUGAGGGCACCCAUCUAAUUUUACCCACUAUUACCCUGGAGCCCAUCUCAGUGCCAGAGUCUGAUGACCUGUAGAUGAUUUUAUGCAAAAUGAUGCCAGCUUGGUGCUGCCUGUGACAA